AUGUCUAAUAAAGAAAUUACUGGAGUUAUUAGUAAGCAUGUCUCUGAUAUGUGCGAAGAAAUGAAGGUCUUGUUCUUAAGGAGCCAAAAUCCUAGUUCUGCUGUGAUUAUUGCUAUUGCAAAAAAUCCUGCUACUUGA